UUAUGAAACUGAGAGAGGGAUCAAUGUGAAAUACUGAGCUCCUGCAUAAUCUCUCCACUUGUCAUGUUCCAAAGCUCUUUCUUCCCUGCCUCCGUCCCAAACCCUAAUUUCCUUCGCCCCCUACCUCCACCAUUUCCACUACUUUUCAUCUCCUCCAUUCCCAAACCCUAACCCUGCAAUGUUCUGCAUUUCCUUCUUUCUCUAAAAUCCUCUCCAUCUUCCCCCACUGAUGCUCUGAUUUUUGAGUUUAAUCUAUUAAUUACUGAAGUUAAAUUAAGAUUGUGGCCUUAACUUUGCAUCAACUACAUUCAACGUGGGGUAUGUGUACACGCGCAGUUUAUACAACAAGACAACCUUGUAACAGAAAAGACAAAGAAAAAAAAAUUUGUAUGCACUGGUCUAAAAUCAUCCAAUUGAAUUCACUAUUCAGACCAAAUGUGCGGGUAACAUAGCAGAGAAGGGAGAGAUCACAGUUCAUCCCCGCCGGUGAUGAACGAUCCACGAAAACCGUCGACGGCGAAACUAAACGCCUGUCAUAAUCGAUCCCAUCUGGUGACGUGCUUUAACUCUCUCGCGACAAUGUGCUUCAACUACAAAGUGAGGUCAACCUCGUCGAAGUUCUUACACAGAAUCCAACGAGGAACAAUUUCUCAACACGGUCAUUUAGCUUUGGCAGUACAGGUUGAAGAAAAAGAAGCGCCAGGAAGUGACUUACACCAAAAAAGUGUGAGAAAGUGGGCUCAUCAGAAGAAAAUCAACAAAGUGACGUGGAUUAUGAUUUUUAUACAUAAAAAUAUAAACGAAGCAUGAGGGGGAUGAAUUUUCCAAAGCGCUAUGUGAUUGUCAUUCUAACCUUCAUCUGCACGUGUGUAUGCUAUAUAGAACGCUUGGGCUUCUCGAUUGCGUAUACGGUUGCUGCUGAUGCUGCUGGGGUAAAUCAAUCAAGCAAAGGCACUAUACUCUCAACAUUCUAUUAUGGGUAUGCCUGUUCACAGGUGCCUGGAGGAUGGGUAGCUCAGAGAAUAGGGGGGAGGCGUGUUCUCCUCCUCUCAUUUGUAUUAUGGUCUCUAACUUGUGCUUUAGCACCACUGGACCCAAACAAAGUCAUGACUUUGGUAUUAGCUCGCUUGCUUGUUGGAGUGGCACAAGGGUUCAUCUUCCCCUCCAUCCACACAGUCCUAGCACAGUGGGUCCCGCCGCAUGAAAGGUCAAGAUCUGUUUCUCUUACGACAUCCGGAAUGUAUCUAGGUGCAGCUGCCGGUAUGCUUUUCCUACCAAGUCUGGUGAAGUUCAGGGGUCCCCAAUCUAUAUUUCUUGCAGAAGCGGCUUUAGGUGCCAUGUGGUCUCUUCUUUGGGUCAAAUAUGCCAGUGACCCACCUCGUUCUGAGCAUGCAAAAGCAACUGCUGCUGGGUUUGGGGAAUCUUUGUUGCCAAUCAAGGGGAGUCAGAAGGUAAAGGUGGAGAAUGGAGGACACUCCGGCAAACCUGCCAAAAUUCCAUGGAAGAGAAUUAUUCUCAGCUUGCCAGUUUGGGCAAUUGUGGUGAAUAAUUUCACUUUUCAUUAUGCCUUAUAUGUGCUAAUGAAUUGGUUGCCCACAUACUUUGAACAGAGUCUCCAGCUUAGUCUACAGGAAAUGGGUUCUUCUAAGAUGAUACCUUAUCUCAACAUGUUCAUAUUUUCAAAUAUUGGUGGGGUGGUUGCGGAUUACUUGAUCACCAGGAGAAUCUUAUCUGUAACUAAAACCAGAAAGUUCUUGAACACUGUCGGAUUCAUAGUGGCUUCGAUUGCAUUGAUGACACUUCCCCUAUUCAGGACGUCUGGUGGAACUGUGUUUUGUUCUUCUGUGGCCCUUGGUUUCUUGGCACUAGGGAGAGCUGGGUUUGCUGUGAAUCACAUGGAUAUCGCUCCGAGGUAUGCUGGAAUCGUGAUGGGAGUUUCUAAUACAGCUGGUACAUUGGCUGGCAUUAUUGGGGUUGACCUUACGGGCAAGCUUCUUGAAGCUGCUAGAACUGCUAAUUCGGAUAUUACAAGUCCAGAAACCUGGAGAGCUGUGUUUUUAAUACCAGGCUUGCUCUGCAUUUUCGGUUCUUUCUUGUUUUUACUAUUUGCAACCGGGGAGAGGGUUUUUGACUAGGUGAGCGUAGUGUGAAUGUGCCAUGGCUUAUCAAGGCUCAUCAAUGUUCUGACUCAUAGACAAUUUAAGAGGCAUACCUGUUUUGUUAGAGACCUCUGAUAUCACCCUUCCCCAACAGGACUAUAUAUUCAGGUUUUUUGAGGGAGAAAGAUUUAAAGUGGUCCGCAUAUUUGGAUAGAUAUUUCAAAAUAGUUGUUUGAUUGUUGUUGCGCAUUGGCCAAAGGUCGCUGCUCGUUCUUAUAUAUACCAUGGGUCAGGUUUUUGUUCCGACACAUGGAGGAUUGUAUCAUUGAGAUGUUUGGGUUCCACUGACUGACUUUACAGACAUUCUUGGGCACCAAUGGCAUAGCUGUGAACCUUGUUGAAAUGUUAAUGUUGAUUGUGAUGCCCUAUGGCCUUUAAGAUGGUACAGGAAAUCUAUCUGAGUGCUUUCUGGCUUUCCAGGUGUUAUCUUCAAGCAUGUUGACAUAGAACUGUAAUUCUUUUUCGUUAUCAUGGAACAUUUGAUUUUAAUUUGUAAUAUCGGGAGGAAUUUAUGAAUGAUGUCAUCUUAAAUUAUGUUGAUUUUUGGAUUAUGAGUAACUAAUGAUGUUUCUAACCUUUAGAGAGAUAAAAUAAUUAGUGGUGGCCUACCA